AUGGCUCUUCCGCUCGGAAAGCUCACCAUCCUCAUCGGCGCAGGUCUUGUUGGGUCUGUGCUUGCUAAAGAAGGGGGCUUACCAGAUGUCUCGAACUUUGUCUCGGGUGCUUUUAAGCUUGUAUUUAGGCAACUGAAACAAGAUGAACCUAGCAAAUCAUCCAGCAAGCCUCGCAAUGAUACACUUGUGGCCCAGGUUAACAGUCUUAGGCAUGAAUUGCAGUUGCUGUCUUCAAACAGACCUAUUACUAUUGUUACCACUGCGGGAUCAGGUGGUAGAAAGUAUGGUGUGAUCAUUAUAAUUGGGGUGAUAAGCUACGGAUAUGUAUGGUGGAAGGGAUGGAAACUUCCAGAUUUUAUGUUUGCGACAAGGCGCAGCUUAGCAGAUGCAUGUAAUAAUGUUGGCAGCCAGAUUGAUGGUUUUUACUCAUCUCUCUCGGGUACAAAACGGGAGUUAAGUUCAGAUAUUGACAGGUUGGAUCGUAAUUUGGAAGAAAAUACAGAAAUUAUUCACGAAACAGCACGAGAGUUGACUCAACUACGGGAUGGCACAGCAAAUAUGAAGGAUGACGUUAGGUCUGUUUUUGAUGCUGUUGAAACUCUGGCAAGCAAAGUCUAUCGCAUUGAGGGAAAUCAGGAUAUCACGCUUAAAGGAGUUGGAGCUCUGCAUGCUCAGUGUCGAGAGAACAGAAGAAUCCAAGAGUCCAAUCAGGCUUUGCCAUCACCUUCAUCAGUGUCAGCCAUUGAGCCUGCUCCUGUGACACCAUCAUCAAAGACUCUGUCUUUGCCUCCUGCUUCUCCCCGCCUGUCAACCCCUAAUGGAGCUCAACAGCCGCAUGGUCCACUUCAGCACACUCAAUCUCUGUCUGGUUUGAAGGAGAUGAUGAGUGAAGGCACUAGUAGCCGAGAGACAUUAUCCAAUGGAACACAUUCGGGAGAAGCCACGGGAAACACAAGUAGCUCAGGGCUGCUUAGUAUGUUCUCAUUAUCAAGAAUAGGGAGGACUCGUAGUGCGGUCAACGCAGUGCCUGCUAACUCGGCUGGACCCCAAUAG